GUUCACUUAGCAAGUAAAAGAUGGCGGACGCCGUGGACAUUGAUUUGUACGCCGAUGAUGUUGAUCAAGAAUUCAACCAGGAAGCUGAACAGUACAACAGCAAUUCAGGACAAGUUGAUCUCUAUGAUGAUGUGAUUACAGCACCAGCGGAUGAAAGCAUAACAGAGAGGAGAUUUUCCUCUGGUGAUGCUCACCCAAAGUCAUCAGCUCCAGCAGUUCAAAGGUCACCGUCGUUGACAACGUCUUCUUACACCGGCAAGAGGGUUUCCAUGUAUGUUGGAAACCUGACUUGGUGGACGACUGACCAAGACCUCUCGGAUGCCAUUCAAGAUCUUUCCGUAUUGGACCUCCUUGAGAUUAAGUUCUACGAGAAUCGAGCAAACGGGCAAUCCAAGGGUUACUCCGUAGUGCAUGUUGGAUCUGACGCUUCGUAUAGGAUCAUCAUGAAUGGACUACCAAAGAAAGAGCUACAUGGCCAGAAUCCUGUUGUUACCCCUUGCAACAGACAGAACCUGUCCCAGUUUGAGAAUGCCUCUAGAAAAGUGAUUAACCCCGAGUUACCUAACCCAACUUUCUCUCCAGCCCAAGGGGGACAGAUGGCCGGGGACGGAAGAGCAGGGCCCCCGGGAGACCGUCGAGGGCCGUUUAACAACCGGGACGCCCCCCAGGGACCCAACCACCAAGGACCCCCACCUCAGGGACCCCAGGGACCACCACCCUUCCACCACGGGCCGAACGGACCUGGUCAGGGUCCGCCUCCACCCUAUGGCCCGGGCGGGGAUAGGUUCCCAGGACCGGGUGGACCCCCUCCCGGUCAGCAGUUUCCUCCCCAGGGUCGUGGUGGACCACCACCGAGAGGCCCCCCUCACCAGGGACCCCCCGGACCUGGUUUUCAGGGACCGCCUCCAAGAGGUCCCCCUGGACCCCCUGGGCCAGGCAUGCAGCGCCCCCCUAUGGGUGAAAGGGGACCCCCGCCACCCCAAGGGGGACCAGGUAUGUUCAGAGGCCCUCCUCCGCCAGGGCCAAACAUGCAGGGUCCACCCCCAAUGGGUCCCCCAGGGCCACCUGGGCCAAGAGGUCCCCCCAUGCAGGAUCAGAGGGGUCCUCCUCCCCCCAACCAAGGAUGGGACCGCCCACCGCAUCAAGGCGGCCCGAUGGGACCUCCCCCAAACCAGGGCCCACCUCAGGGUCCUCCUCCACACAUGGGCGGACCAAGACCUCCCCACGGUGGUCCACCUGGACCCCCUGGGCCACCACAACAAGGACCUCCUCAUUUCAGCGGGCCUCCUAACCAGGGACCCCCUCAUCAAGGGCCACCACAAGGGCCCCACCCACCCCAGGGACCUCCAAACCAGGGUCCACCCAUGCAUGGGCCUCCACAUCAAGGCGGGCCACCACCUCCACAGUUUGGAGGACCGCCUAUUCACCAGGGUGGACCGCCGCCUCCUAGGGGGCCACCGGGGCCACAGGGACCACCACACCCUCCAAUGCAGCAGGGACCUCCUCAAGGUCCACCUCCGCCUCGUCCUGGACCCCCCAUGCAAGGUGGACCCCCCAUGCAGGGAGGCCCUCACAUGCAAAGCGGACCCCCCAUGCAAGGCGGACCCCCCAUGCAGGGUGGCCCACCAAUGCAGGGCGGACCCCCCAUGCAAGGAGGUCCCCCGAACCAAGGUGGCCCCCCUAUGCAGGGAGGACCCCCCAUGCAGGGAGGACCCCCUAUGCAGGGUGGACCCCCAAUGCAGGGUGGACCCCCCAUGCACGGAGCCCCACCUGGCCCGCCCCCACAGCAGCAACAACAACCACCGCAGAAUGUACCGCAGCUGCACCACGGUGCACCUCCGGUGCCUCAUGGAGCCUCCGGGGCCCCUAUGCAGCAAGGACCCCCUGUGGUUCCCCCACAGAGCGUACCGACUAUGAGCCAAGGUCAACCACCACCCCAGGGACCUGCUCCUCAUGUGAACCCUGCUUUCUUCCCGGGUCAAGGCCAGCCAACCCAGCCUGAGCGACAGCCAUCAUUUGAGCAAGGGCCACCUCAGCAGCGCUUUGAAGGAGAGCAGUUCAGAGCUUCAGCUGAGCGCCAAGGACCGCCUCCUCCAGCCGAGAACGGUAACUUCAUAAGGAGGCAGGAAGGCCCUCCCCCUCCGACCCCUCAAGUCAGCGAGACAGAGUUUGAGGAGAUCAUGAGCAGAAAUCGCACAGUGUCCAGCAGUGCUAUCUCUAGAGCCGUCAUGGAUGCCAGUGCUGGCGACUAUCCUAGUGCUAUUGAGACGUUGGUGACUGCAAUCUCACUCAUCAAGCAGUCUAAAGUGUCCACGGAUGACCGAUGCAAAGUGCUGGUCAGCUCGCUGCAGGAUUGUCUGCAUGGAAUAGAGUCCAAGUCUUAUGGAUCAUCUUCAAGGCGGAAGGAUCGCUCCUCCAGGGAACGAGACGAGAGUCGUCACAGAUCCCGCGAGUCAAAGAGUAGCCGUCACAAGGAGCGUCGUGAGAGGUCACGGAGUCGCGACCGGGAGUAUCGUGAGCGUAGCCGUGAGCGGACAGGCACUGAGUAUACGUCGAGUCGCGAGAGGGGCGACAGGGAUCGAGAAAGGGACAGGGAGAGGGAUCGGGAAUAUCGUCGUCGCUAACAACAUCGUCAUCAAGAGGACUUUCAGGAACUUCAUGACCAAGAUAUCCAUCGUUACAGCUAGUUACAUUAUUUUGAAGAACUAUUGUAUGAACUUUAAUUUAGAAACUGUAAACUAAAUUGGUAUGAUUCCACAUUGAAAAACACCACUCGUUUGGCUGUUUAAUAUUUGGUAAAAAUCUCCAUCUCUACUGACCAAAAUUUCAGAGGUAGGAUUUGUGAUGUUUAAAAAAAGGAGAUCAAUGCAUGUAUCAUUCUUUUGGGGAAUUUGAGAUGAUAAAGUGUACACUUCAAUUUCAUUAUUGGAUGGACAUUUCAAAAUGGUUGAAAUCUCGACCAGGUCAUUUCGUUGGGUUACUUUUCCCAAUGGAAAAAAAGUCACUGGGGAAUAUUUUUGAAACAUGGAGCAUCAGUGAAUUUGAAAGAGAAACAGAGCAGACUUGGAGAUGGUCCAUCGGAGUAUUUACCAAGGUCAUGUGACUCAAGCAACAUUGUCAAUUGGAGGAGCAGUGAGUAAAACAACAGGCAUCUCCCUUCGGUUGUGUAAAUAGAGCAUAAAGCAGCUACAUGUAUGAAAGGCCAAGAACCCUGGGGAACUUCAUGUACUUCACUGCUCAAGUCAUCAUCCAUGGUUCGGACAGUUAUGUUGAGACUUCAUCGAGUUGGGAGCUUUCAAAGGCAUCUUCGUGGACAAGAUGGGAACCUUCUAGCAAGUUCUCGCCAUUUCAAGUCAUUGCUCGUAAGAAUUUGUGUUUGUGUGUUUGUCAUAAUUGUCUGUCAUAAUUAUUACCAGUAUUUCUAUUAAGUCAUUUUAAGUAAGGAUAUUGUGAUGUUUUACAGCAUGUGCUUCGAAUGUUAUAUAAAUCUGCCACUCGCAUUUCGAAAAGAAAUUUUUCUGCAACAUCUAGAAAUGGAAAUAUUGAACCGUGAGUCCUGAAAAAUCUUUCGCUUGGUUUGUAGAUAAAAAAACUCGAGAGAUGUUUUCUAGGGUAUCUGAGACAUCAGUGUAAAUACUUUCAUCUUAUGAAUUAGAUAUUCAGAAUAAUGAUGACUUUUGUAGGUUGCAGACUUUAUAAACGGAAACUGCUCGCUUAAAUUUCUUUUCAUUGUUAAAAAAAGUGUAGUUUUGAGGUCAAAAUGUUACUGCUUUUAAAAUAAUUAAUCUGUAUUCGUUGAUAUUUCUUGUAAAACAAAACUUUGCUCUAACAUUCUACAUCAGUGAAUAAUUGUUCACAUCCGCAUCUGGUCAAGUGUGAAUAGCAUUUUGUUGUGCGCAAAAUUGAACAUGCAAAAUUUCUCAAUUAUUCCUGUAAACUUUGCGGAAACACUUUUUUAGCAAUUUGAAGCUCAUUGCUGAGGACUUUGCAAAUACAGUCAACCCUCAUUAUAAAGAGCAGUGAGAUCUGAAAUGUGAAUGUGGCACAAUCCUUUCCAAAAACUUCUUGAUAGUUGGUUUGAUUACAAGGCAGUCAUGGCAGUGAUGGGGCAUAUCAUUUGCUGUAGUGCAUGGGCAAAUCUUAAAGGGACACGUUGCCUUGGAUCGGACGAGUUGGUCUAUAAAAAAGCGUUUGUAACCGUUUGUUAU